AUGAUGCUGAGCCCCAUUCUCUCCCGCGUGUCGGUUGUAUCGAUUGGCUUUGGGGCGAAACGCAACCACACGGUCCGCCCAGAGUGGCUGCUGAACUACAUGGAGGACGCGGGCCUGCGGGGCGAUGACGUCGUGGUGAUGUUUGACGGCGCUGGCACCUUUUUGCCCCACGCCCCUUUGGGCAAAGCGGGCAGUGGAGGGCUUCAUGCAAAAACGGCGCCCAGUGCAGACGCCUUCAACGCCACGGCGGUGCAUCGAGGUGCGGCGACUGCCCCCCUGCUGUUUGAGGGUGGCCCUGCAUGUUGGGCGCCGCAUAUUGACCUUGCGGCCCCUUUGGCACCCUCAGAACAUUAUGUGCGGUGCCGUUGGUUUUACGAACUUGUAUGGCGGCCGCGAGCUUUUCUGCAGACCAGCGCGUGCUGCAAUCGCCGCUUUCGGGGCAUCGGCACCUCGCUGCUGGCGGAAUGGUGGGGCGUGUGUGGGCGAUUCGAGAGGCGUCCAAGGCCUACGCGAGCCUUUUGGCGAAGAGUAAUGAGUGGGUGUGUGACCAGACCGUCUCGCGCUGCUGUUUGUGUGGAGCGUGUCUCAGGACCCUGUUGUGGAUCCCGCCCUUCGCAUACGCUACGGCCUUCCGAGCCUUGA